AUGCUUCGUCAAGCUUCGAUUCUCUGGGGUCUUGUCUUGGCGGGUACUGUAAGGGCAGGUAUCAAUUCCUGGGUAUCGCCUGAAUACAAAUACAUAUUCCAAUUCCCUCUCCCCAUACCUCCGCCUUUACCACCAUCGGCAACCUAUACCAAUGAAACGACCGGAAAGUCUAUCGACUUCUAUGAACUUGAUAUUCGAUCGUUUGAAAAGCAGGUCUAUCCAAAUCUGGGGACCACAACCCUUGUGGGCUAUAAUGGAAUCGCACCUGGUCCUACCUUGUAUAUGACACGCGGCCGAGAGGCUGUUGUCCGAUUCGUCAACAAAUAUGAUCGGCCCUCGUCUAUUCAUCUUCAUGGGUCUUACUCGAGAACCCCAUUUGACGGAUGGGCUGAAGACGUCACAGGACCGGGUCAAUAUAAAGACUAUUAUUACCCAAAUGUCCAACCUGUCAGGACUUUGUGGUAUCACGACCAUGCAAUUGGCAUCACCGCCGUCAACGCAUACUUCGGGCAGGCUGGCUUUUACAUUCUCUCAGAUUCCACCGUUCAAGACAAACUAAAACUCCCAUCCGGUGAUUACGAUGUGCCUCUCAUGCUGGCGAGUAAGCAGUUCCUUCCUAGCGGGAAACUAUUAUCUCCGGAGAAUGAACGAGACAGCUUAUUUGGUGAUGUAAAUACCGUCAAUGGUCAGCCAUGGCCAUACAUGAAUGUCGAAAAUCGAAAGUACAAAUUCCGUCUAGUGGAUGCAUCAAUCUCGAGGAGUUACAGCCUUUAUCUUGUAGCUGAUUCUAAUCCCAAGACUCGACUUCCUUUCACAGUCGUCGGUGCUGAUGCGGGUUAUCUUGAUCACCCAGUACCCACCACAAACCUGGUGAUUGCCAUGGCCGAAAGAUACGAGAUCGUGAUCGACUUCGAUAAAUACAAAGGUCAAAACAUGACCCUGAUGAAUGAUCGCAACUUCCAAACAAACCCAGAUUAUCCGGCCACUGACAAAGUUCUUCGAUUCGUGGUCGGGACAAGUACGAGCUCUUCGAAUGGGAACGGGGAUAUUCCUAGUCUCUUGUCUGAUCUUGUCAUUCCAAAUCCGCAGACUACAGUCGAUAAGACUUUUGAAUUCGGGAAAGGUAGUGGCGGCCAAUGGUUGAUCAAUGGUAUUGGAUUUGAAGAUGUGAAGAAUCGUGUCAUUGCAUACCCGUCGCAAGGUAAAACCCAGCGAUGGCGUCUUGUUAACAAGGGUGGCGGAUGGAGCCAUCCAAUUCAUAUCCAUCUCAUCGACUUUCAGGUAGUUGCACGGACUGGAUCGGGUCGACAAGGAGUCACACCAUACGAAGCAGCCGCCCUCAAAGACGUGGUCUACUUGGGUACCAAUGAACAAGUUGACGUCAUUGCAAACUUUGCUCCUUGGUCAGGGGUCUACAUGUUUCACUGCCAUAACCUCGUCCACGAAGAUCACGACAUGAUGGCCGCCUUCAACGUCUCCCAAGUCGACCUCUCCACCUACGGCUACCCCCAAAAAAUCUCCUUCAACGACCCCAUGGCAUCCCUCUUCCGCUCAAAAACCUAUACCGGGACCGACCUCUCCCAAGUAAAAGAUGUCCUGCUCCCCUAUUUCCAAAAUCUCGACGCAUAUCCUGACUCUCACGAAAUUGAAAAGGCGCUUGAUGAUUAUUAUAAGAACCCUCCGUCUUCUUCGAAGUCCUCGACACCGGCGAGCACUACCCCAACAACGCUUCAGACGAGUACCACGGCUACUACGGUGAAGUCUACGACGGUUGGGACUACGACGAAGAGUGAGGAUAAACUGAAAACGACGACUAGUGCGAGAUCGGAGGAUAAGGCGAAGAUGGCGACGCCGGUGACGAAACGGAAGACUUCAAGAUUGUAA